AUGCGUAGUACUUCAGCUAUUCCGUUACAAAGAGACAGGCAGGCCACAAGGGGCAGUUCACAGCUCGUGUUCCUACACCCGCUAGUCAACCUUACAGCUAUUCCGUUACACGGAGACAGGCAGGCCACAAGGGGCAGUUCACAGCUCGUGUUCCUACACCCGCUAGUCAACCUUACAGCUAUUCCGUUACAAGGAGACAGACAGGCCACAAGGGGCAGUUCACAGCUCGUGUUCCUACACCCGCUAGUCAACCUUACAGCUAUUCCGUUACAAGGAGACAGACAGGCCCCAAGGGGCAGUUCACAGCUCGUGUUCCUACACCCGCUAGUCAACCUUACAGCUAUUCCGUUACAAGGAGACAGACAGGCCACAAGGGGCAGUUCACAGCUCGUGUUCCUACACCCGCUAGUCAACCUUACAGCUAUUCCGUUACAAGGAGACAGGCAGGCCACAAGGGGCAGUUCACAGCUCGUGUUCCUACACCCGCUAGUCAACCUUACAGCUAUUCCGUUACAAGGAGACAGACAGGCCCCAAGGGGCAGUUCACAGCUCGUGUUCCUACACCCGCUAGUCAACCUUACAGUCAUUCCGUUACAAGGAGACAGGCAGGCCACAAGGGGCAGUUCACAGCUCGUGUUCCUACACCCGCUAGUCAACCUUACAGCUAUUCCGUUACACGGAGACAGGCAGGCCACAAGGGGCAGUUCACAGCUCGUGUUCCUACACCCGCUAGUCAACCUUACAGCUAUUCCGUUACAAGGAGACAGGCAGGCCACAAGGGGCAGUUCACAACCUUACAAACUGUCUCAGACGAUAGUUGCACUAAUUUUCAGUCUAAAUACUCCCCCGAGCCAGAUGACAUUCACAACUACACAAGAACGGUUCACAGUGGUGCCGAGUGCAGGUGGUGUCACAUCCAUCACCCGCACAAAACAUGCUCCGCUCUCACAGCCAACCGAGGGAGAUUCACUUCUGGCUCCUUCGUACAUGCUAGAGGAACCAACACUGGAUACAGCACAACCCAAUGUGCUACUUGCUUCUGGGCAACUCAUCUCAUGUUCAGAAGCGCCACAUCAUUAA